AUGGACAGACGUACUCCCUAUACUCUGAGCGUUCUUGCUCCCAGCACAGAUGGCGCAGAAGAGUCCCGCACACAAAUCCAAGCAAGGUUGCGCGAGUUUGUACUGGAGUUCCAACUUGACAAUGCAUUUAUUUACCGUGAUCAACUGCGGCAGAAUGUUCUCGUGAAGCAAUACUACUGUGACAUUGAUAUUGCCCAUUUAAUAUCGUACAACGAGGAGCUCGCUCACAAGCUCACAACUGAGCCUGCCGAUAUCAUCCCCCUUUUCGAGGCAGCUCUCCAACAAUGCACUCAGCGAAUUGUCUAUCCAUCUCAGAGAGACAUUGUCCUUCCAUCCCACCAGCUCUUGCUUCACUCAUCUGCAUCACACAUCUCCAUUCGGGACCUGAACGCUACAAACAUCUCUCACCUUGUUCGCAUUCCAGGAAUUGUGAUUGGCGCGUCUACAAUAUCAUCCAAGGCCACGGUUGUCCACAUUCGGUGCAAGGGCUGCGACCACAGCGAAAACAUCCGAGUGGAAGGCGGUUUCUCUGGUCUAACGCUUCCCAGACGGUGUGGCCGUGAAAAGCUACCCGGUGAAGAGCCUGGCGAGCAGUGCCCCCUCGAUCCUUAUGUGAUUGCCCACGAGAAAUGCCAGUUCGUUGAUCAGCAAGUUCUCAAACUGCAGGAAGCGCCCGACCAGGUGCCGGUGGGUGAGCUGCCCAGACACGUCCUCAUCUCGGCCGAUCGAUACCUGGCCAACCGAGUUGUACCUGGAUCUCGAUGCACAGUGAUGGGUAUUUUCUCUAUUUACUCCAAGGGGGGCAAGAAAGACGGAGCUGUGGCUAUUCGCAACCCAUAUCUGCGGGCAGUUGGCAUCAGCACCGAUCUGGACCACACAGCAAAGGGCAAUGCCAUGUUCACCGAAGAAGAAGAGCAGGAGUUUCUAGAGCUUAGUCGCCGAGAGGAUCUGUAUGAAGCUCUCGCCAGGAGCAUUGCCCCCUCUAUUUGGGGUAACCUGGACAUCAAAAAGGCCAUCGUGUGCCUGCUCAUGGGUGGUUCGAAGAAGAUUCUACCCGACGGGAUGAAGCUUCGUGGAGACAUCAACGUGUUGCUCCUUGGUGACCCCGGUACUGCCAAGUCGCAAUUGCUGAAGUUUACUGAAAAAGUAUCCCCCAUCGCUAUCUACACAUCCGGUAAAGGUUCGUCAGCGGCUGGUUUGACCGCAUCAGUACAGAGAGACCAGCAGACGCGCGAAUUCUAUCUAGAAGGUGGUGCUAUGGUCCUGGCUGAUGGAGGUGUUGUCUGUAUCGAUGAGUUCGACAAGAUGCGCGACGAAGACCGGGUCGCCAUCCACGAAGCUAUGGAGCAGCAAACAAUUUCCAUUGCCAAAGCCGGUAUCACGACCAUUCUGAAUUCGCGAACAUCGGUGUUGGCGGCUGCCAACCCUAUCUUUGGCCGAUACGAUGACUUGAAAACACCUGGAGAGAACAUUGACUUUCAAACGACCAUUCUGUCACGUUUCGAUAUGAUCUUCAUCGUUCGCGAUGACCACGACCGCAAUCGUGACGAGAACAUUGCCCGGCACGUCAUGGGAGUCCAUAUGGGUGGCAGAGGUAUCGAGGAACAAGUCGAGGCCGAGAUUCCGUUAGAGAAGAUGAAGCGCUACAUCAGCUACUGUCGAAGCCGGUGUGCCCCGCGUCUUUCACCCGAAGCUGCGGAGAAGCUUUCCUCGCACUUUGUGUCCAUCCGGAAGCAGGUCCAUCGGGCAGAGAUGGAUGCUAACACCCGUUCCUCCAUUCCCAUCACCGUGCGUCAAUUGGAAGCCAUUGUUCGUAUCACCGAGUCAUUGGCCAAGUUAAGCCUGUCGCCGAUCGCCACCGAGGCGCAUGUCGACGAAGCCAUCCGCCUCUUCUUGGCUUCCACAAUGGAUGCAGUCACACAAGGUGAAGGCCAGGGCAGCAAAGAGCUGAUGGAGGAGGUCAGCAAGAUCGAGGAUGAGCUAAAGCGUCGUCUCCCCAUUGGCUGGAGUACGAGUUUGGCCACUCUGAGACGGGAAUUCGUCGAUGGCAGAGGCUACACUGAGCAAGCUCUCAACAGAGCAUUAGUGGUUCUCCAGAGACGCGAUACGAUCCAAAUCCGCUCUGGUGGAUCACAGGUCUAUCGUCAUGGUGUUUAG